AUGGCGGAGAUUGUCGGUUCUGCAGUUGUUCAGGAGUCAGUAAGCCAAAUCGUAUCUGGUCUGCUUCAAAAAUAUGAAGAUAAACACAACUCAAAUGCGUUCCGAAACCUUGAGAGGCUAGAGAUGGCACACAUCAGGCUGGAGGCUGUUCUUCAGACAUCUGAUAAGUGGGAUAUCACUGAUACAUCCUUGUUGCGUCGGCGUAGGAAGCUUAAGUCUGCUGCUCAAGAGUGUGAUGACACGCUGCACAGAUGCAGGCAGAGAAUCCUAGAAGAUGAACACAUAGAAAAGGAAUUGGCUCCAUUUUUUAGUGCAGAGCAUGGAAUUCAAGGUAGGCUUUACUUCAUGCAGAAAGAUCCUAAUGAGCCGGAUGAUGAUUUUUGCUUUACUGUAACACUGCAGCUUUCGGAGAGUACGGACAUAUUUGGGGUUGCAAUUCAGUGCUUACAUCUGUUUGCCCCUAUUUUCAUGUCUACGGUUGAAAAUAUUAGGAAAAGGCUUAUGCAACUACCUACAGAAGACUUCUCGUGGGUACCAUAUGUUGAUUCACACCAGAAAAAACAUUGGGACAAUGUUCACAGAUUUGGCAGUCAAUGGUUUCGCCCAAACCCAUUAUGUUGCAAGCAGCAUGAUAAGAACAAACUUUGUCAUAGUUGCAAGCUAGACAAGUCAUCUGGAUUACCAUAUGUUUCUCUAGAACCGGUUAUUUAUGUAGGUCUGUGGUGCCAAGUCUCACUCUCAGAGUCCGACAAACAGAGGGCGUCACUGUCCGAAUGUAGAAGUUCUCUACGUGAUCAUCCAUAUCAGAGAGCUGGAGUCCUCUUUGCACCACAUGGCUCUUCAGAAGACAUACUGCUUGUGGAUAAGUUUCCUGCAAUAACAGCAACCAACAGUGAGGAGCAACAUUGUUUGCAUCCUAUCUUCACCUUGGGACAACUUGAGGGGAUCAUGCUGCCAAAAGCAAUAGAUUACUUCUGCCAGAAUGAGGAAGCAACAGUCUACCAAAUGCUUUGGAGGUCUAGGCAUGGCACUGCAUACAUCCAGGUUGAAAGAGCAAGCAUCUUCAGGCCAAGCACACGGCAAGCGUUUCAUGGAGCUAAGAGAAAGAAGCUUUUGCAAGGACUGGAUGAGGAGUUCGAGUGCCUGACAUAUUGGGUCUCUCGCUUCCUUGACUUAUGGACUUCUCAUGCAUCCAUCCAACUGGAAGGCUCGAUCAUGGACUGGUAUCAGGAAGGCCAAGUCUUACCGUCAGAGUGCAACAAACGUUGGCCCUCAUUGUCUGAACAUCAAAGUUCUCUGAAGGAUUCUGCAUAUCUGGAAGUUGGAAUUGCCUUUGCACCCCACAGUUCAAUAGAAGACAUGCUUCCUGCAGGUACAUGCUCUGCAUUAGCAGCAGUUGAGGGUGAACGCCAGCAUGUCUUGCAUACAGACAUUUCCUUGGAACAACUAGAAGAGAUUAUGCUGCCAAAAGCGAUAGAUUACUUCCACAAGAAUGCCAAAGCAACAGUCCACCAAAUGUUUUGGAAGUCUGAACAUGGCACUGCGUACAUUCAGGUGGAGAAAGCAAGCAUAUGCACACUCAGAACAAGCAUGAGAACAUCGGUAACUGUUGGGGGAGCUAGGAAACGAAAGAUGUCGCAGCGACAAGAUGAGGAUUUUGGGAGUCAGCCAAAUGUUUUCUCUCAAUUCCUCAACCUUUGGGUUGCACAUGCGCCAUUGCAGCUGCGAGGCUCAAUCGUGGACUGGAUUCAGAAGGAGAAGGAAAGUCAGUUAGCAGCACAGCAGCUGCACCUGAAAUUCUAA